AGAGUUACUGAAGUUAUUUUCCUUCCCUUCAGUUUACAAUGGAUUUUGGAUAAACAAGAUCUAUUGAAGGAACGCCAAAAAGACUUGAAAUUUCUGACUGAAGAAGAAUAUUGGAAGCUACAAAUAUUUUUUACUAAUGUUAUCCAGGCUUUAGGUGAACAUCUUAAAUUAAGACAACAAGUUAUUGCCACUGCUACAGUCUACUUCAAGAGAUUCUAUGCCAGAUAUUCCCUAAAAAGUAUAGAUCCAGUAUUAAUGGCUCCUACGUGUGUGUUUUUGGCAUCCAAAGUAGAGGAGUUUGGUGUUGUUUCAAAUACAAGGUUGAUUUCUGCUGCUACUUCUGUGUGUAAGUAUUAGUGAUUUUCAUUCUACCAUAGUUAGGUAUCUCUUUAGGGAGGUUGGACUUUUUUUAAUGAUAGCUAUUUUUAUUAAGUCAUGGGUGGUUACAUGUUGGCUGCUUGAAGUCAGUUAAAUCCAUUUAGCAUAAAUAACUUCUGUUUUUAAAUAUGGAAACAGAAGACUCUCUCCUUUAUUAGUUCUUGUUGAUUCUGAUACGAGCUUGUAAGAAACAUAAGUAAAAAUAAAAAUUAAAUACUGAGGCUUAUAAAUAGUCUAGGGUAGUGAAUAGACUUCUGAGCUACUCAAAGAUAGAACUAGGAACUUAGGUCUUUAUUUGUUUAUUCUAUCAGGUAUGUUUCCAUGGAAGCACCUGUUUGUAGAAGUUUUGGUAGGCUUCAUGCCUCCUAAGGUUUUUAAUCCUUUUUUUCCCCCGUCAUAAAAUUAAAUUUCACACAAUAUUUAUUUCUAAAUAUAUUUAAUAACCUACGUAUUGUUCACAAAUAAAGAUGCAACAAAAUCACACUGUAGUUACUUUAUUUUCUCUCUUUCUUGCUUGCCUUAUAUUUCUCAUUUCCUGUAAAUGUCAUGUCAACCACCAAGGUCUUAAAGCAAUGGCUUCCUUAACUAAAUGCUGUAAUUUGACCCAGAAGGUCCAGCUGCUCUCAAAAGGGAAUUCCUCAUUAUGCUCUUCAAAAUGUAGGUCAGUGCUUUCAAAAUAGCUCUUAACUGCUGAGGGGACAGGUGACUGGCUGCAUCUGUAGCCUCCACAUGCGGUAACUAUAUCAAUCCAUGGGGCUGGCUGUAUGACAAUUCUACCACCAGAAACUGAAACAUGUCUUCAGUGCCAGCCUGACCAAGACCAGUACUAGAUUUAGCGAAGUGUUGCUAUUUUUAUAGCAGAAGCAUCUCCAAGCACAGAUCUGUGUGGCUA